AUGAAACAAAAACCUAAAUUAUAAAGUGGGUAUGAUUUUAUUAACGCUAAUAAAUUUACUAAUCAAUUAAGAAUCUUGAAUGAUUCCAUACAUCAAAUAACAAAGUUAUCAAAAGCUCCUGAUUCCCCAUUUAACAAUGCUAUAAUUAAGAAAUGUUUAACACAAUAAUCUCAAUCUCCUAAAUAAAGAAGAAUUCAAUAUGGAGAAUUUAAAUAAUAAACUUGUACUAAAACUACUUGUUCUCCAGUUUCAAAAGAAUAAUUAUAUAAUUUUAGUUCUGAAAAAAAACAAAAGGAUUAUAGAUUCAAUUAAAUAAAAUAAAUAAAAUAAAUAUAAUACAUUCCUGUAGUACAAAGUAAUUAAAGAUAUAAAAGAUAAUAGUUUAGAAAUAAUUUACUUUUAAUAUCAAAAGAUUUAAACAAUACUUAAAUUAAUGAAAUUAUUUAACAAAUUUCUAAAUGA